UGAGAACGUUAAUGGAGAAGUACAGUGAUGGUCAGAAGGAGCUGCACUGCGUCUUUGUGGGUUUAGAGAAAGCAUAUGACAGGGUGCCGAGAGAGGAGCUACUGUAUGAGGAUGUCAAGAGUGGCAGAGAAGUACAUCGGAGUAGUUCAGGAUCUGUAUGAGAGGAGUAUGACAGCAGUGAGAUGUGCUGUAGGUCAGACAGAGGAGUUUAAGGUGGGGGUGGAGAUACAUCAAGGAUCUGCUUUGAGUCCCUUCUUGUUUGUUAUGGUGAUUGACAGGUUGACAGAUGAAGUCAGACUGGAAUCGCCAAGGACAAUGAUCUUUGUGGAUGACAUUGUGAUCUGUAGUGAGAGUAGGGAGCAGGUGGAGGAACACCUGGAAUGGUGGAGGUCUGCUUUGGGAAGAAGAGGAAUGAAAGUCAGUGGUAGAAAGACAGAAUACAUGUGUAUGAACGAGAGGGAGGGAACAGUGAGGUUACAGGGGCUGCAAGAAGGUGCAGGAGUUUAAGUUUUUGGGGUCAACCGUAAAGUGUGUCGGGGAGUGUGGAAAAGAGGUGAAGAGGUGAGUGCAGGUUGGAGUGGGUGGAGAAAAGUGUCAGGAGUGUUGUGUGUGACAGAAAAGUGUCAGGAGUGUUGUGUGUGUGUGUGUGUGUGUGUGUGUGUGUGUGUGUGUGUGUGUGUGUGUGUGUGUGUGUGUGUGUGUGUGUGUGUGUGUGACAGAAGAGUGUCAGCAAGAACCAAAGGAAAGGUGUAGAAGACAGCAGUAAGAGCAGCUAUGAUGUAUGGGUUAGAGACUGUAGCGGUGAAGAAAAGACAUGAGGCAGAGAUGAGGUAGCAGAGAUGAGGAUGUUGAGGUUCUCUUUAAGAGUGACGAGGUUGCUCAGGAUUAGGAACGAGCACAUCAGAGGGACAGCUCAGGUUGUCUGUUUUGAGGACAAGGUCAGAGAGGCUAGAUUGAGAUGGUUUGGACAUGGACAUGAGGAGGGAGAUGAUUAUAUUGUUAGAAGGAUGUUGGAGAUGGAGCUGCCAGGCUCGAAGAAUCAGAAGCAUGUCCUGCGUCCGGAGUCUCUGGAGGGAACUGAUGAGGAGGAUCCUGUCACUGCGCUGGAGUGGGACCCUCUGAGUACAGACUACCUGCUGGUGGCUAACAUGCACAAUGGCAUCAGGCUGCUCGACUCAGACUCACUGUCGUGUGUGACAUCAUUCAGUUUACCGAGCGCUGCUGCAUCAGUACAGUGCCUGGCAUGGGUGCCUUCUGCCCCGGGCAUGUUCAUUACAGGGGACUCUCAGGUUGGCGUGUUGAGAGUAUGGAAUGUAUCGAGAACGACGCCGCUGGACAAUUUCAAACUGAAGAAGACGGGGUUCCAUGCUCUCCACGUCUUAAACUCUCCACCAGCAAAGAAAGUUGCUUGCUCAGUUUCCCCAUCCAAGAACCACUACACGUCAUCUACAAGCGAGGCGGUUCCUCCUCCGACUCUCUCACAGAACCAGGCGUUCUCUCUGCCCCCCGGACACGCCGUCUGCUGCUUCAUGGAUGGAGGCGUUGGCCUCUACGACAUGGGGACACAGAAGUGGGACUUCCUCAGAGAUUUGGGUCAUGUAGAAACUAUAUUUGAUUGUAAGUUUAAGCCAGAUGAUCCGAACCUGCUCGCUACUGCCUCCUUUGAUGGGACAAUCAAAGUGUGGGACAUUAACACUUUAACUGCCGUGUACACGUCUCCCGGCAACGAAGGAGUCAUUUACUCCCUCUCCUGGGCUCCUGGAGAUCUGAACUGCAUAGCAGGAGCCACGUCCAGGAACGGUGCUUUCAUCUGGGACGUGAAAAAGGGCAAAAUGAUCACGAGAUUUAAUGAGCACGGGAAGAACGGUAUCUUCUGUAUCGCAUGGAGCCACAAAGAUUCCAAGCGUAUUGCCACGUGCAGUGGAGACGGUUUCUGUAUCAUCAGAACCAUUGAUGGUAAAGUUCUCCAUAAAUAUAAGCACCCGGCAUCCGUGUUCGGAUGUGACUGGAGUCAGAACAACAAAGACAUGAUUGCAACCGGAUGUGAGGAUAAAAACGUAAGAGUUUACUACUUGGCCACGAGCUCAGAUCAGCCGCUGAAGGUUUUUACCGGACACACAGCCAAAGUGUUUCACGUACGCUGGUCUCCUCUCAGAGAGGGAAUCCUGUGUAGCGGCUCAGACGACGGGACGGUGCGUAUUUGGGACUACACGCAGGACGCCUGUAUUAACGUUCUGAGUGGACACACAGCUCCAGUACGUGGUCUUAUGUGGAACUCGGAGGUACCGUACCUGCUCACCUCAGGCAGUUGGGACUACACCAUCCGUGUGUGGGACACCAGGGACGGGACCUGCCUGGACACCGUCUAUGAUCACGGAGCUGAUGUCUACGGUCUGACGUGCCACCCGAGUCGCCCAUUCACCAUGGCGUCCUGCUCCAGGGACUCGACCGUACGCCUGUGGUCGCUCACUCCCCUCAUCUCCCCGCUGCUAAUCAACAUCCUGACCGAACACAGCUGGGACGACAUCAUCGGAAACACGGAUCGGGCGAUGGUUCCCGGAGCUCCACCUCUCCUCUGUGGUAAAGUGUCCAGAGACAUCAAGCAAGAACUCGACAAACUUUCCAGUGAUGUCCGAACAAAGAAACUGCGCUGGUUCUCUGAAUGCUUCUCGCCUCCAGGAGGAAGCCACAACCUGUGGGAUCUGGUGGCUGUAAUUAAGGGGCAAGACGACAGUUUACUGCCACAGAACUACGGCCAGGGCAUCAUGCACAUGAAACACCUCGUCCGCUUCAAAACAUCGGAGGCCCAGGAGCUGACUAUAGUAAAGAUGUCGAAGUUUGGCGGUGGGAUCGGAGCACCCAGUAAGGAGGAAAGACUGAAGUCUGCAGCAGAAAUACACCUGAGACUGGGACAGAUCCAGAGAUACUGUGAACUCAUGGUGGAGCUGGGAGAGUGGGAGAAGGCUUUGUCUGUGGCUCCUGGAGUCUCCAUGAAAUACUGGAAGAAGCUGAUGCAAAGGAGAGCAGAUCAGCUGAUGCAGGAGGGCAACAAUGACGUGAUCCCUUACUGCAUUGCCACAGGAGACGUGAAAAAGCUGGUGAGUUUCUUCACCUCCAGAGGGCAAUUAAAGGAGGCGCUGCUUGUCGCUCAGGGAGCAUGUGAAGGAAAUAUUCAUGGGCCUGCGAUUACUUCCAUCAACCAUUCAGUGUCCAUAGACAACGACAACAUAGAGCUCUACACUGGGCUGUUGCAUGGAGUGUGUAGAGAACUUGCUGAGUGGCAUUUUCAGGAGGGUUGUGCAGUACUGGCGGCCUGCUGUCAUCUGGCUGUAGAUAACACAGAGUUGGCUAUGGCCAGUCUAAUAAGAGGCAAUGAGCUGGAGCUAGCGGUGUGUGUGGGGACAGUGCUGGGAGAAUCUGCACAAGAAGCUACUCAUUACGUCCUGGAGCUCCUGGCUAGGAAAUACAUGACCACAACCACAUGCUUUCCAUGCAUCAGAUACAGGGACCUGGCUGCCAGGCUGCUGCAGAUGAUCCCCGAUAACGAGACUCUUUUAGCCAAGCUGUGUGCUUUUUACCCUGGCGGCUCAGCCGAACGGAACGACCUGCAUGACAAGUGUGGUUUGCCGAGUUUGGACGAGUGUAAGGAUUUGGCAGAGGAAGCCUACAGUCAGGGAGAUAUCUUACAGGCAGUGAAGUAUCAGCUGCUCAGCCCUGAACCUGAGAAGGCUCUGACAGUCGGCAUUUCAUUCAUCAAAGAGCAGUUGAGCUCUCCUGAUUGGACUGUGGACUCGGUUUAUCCCACCCUCGACCUCCUGAGCUACAUCAGGACCGACCGGCUCGUUCUGACCAGGUGCAGUGAGGAGCGUAACGAGCUGCUCAUUCUCUGUGGCUACAUCGGAGCAUUAUUGGCUAUAGGAAGGCAGUACUCCAGCAUCAUCCCUGCACUGUAUGAAUACACAAGUCAGUUGUUAAAGAGGAGAGAAGUCGAUUUACCGCUGAAGAUUGAACAGCUGUCAGUAGAGCUGGAGGCCUGGAGAGCCUGUACACAAUCUAUGAACAAAGGAGCAGAGGACAUACCAUACACUCCUCCAACAGAGGCACAAAGAGCAGAAUACACACUCCUCCUGAGCAGAAUGAGGGCGGAGCUUCUGAAGGGCCUACAGGGGCCAGACUAUGUAACAGGCUCCAGCUUACCCAGCCACUCAGACGUCCAGAUCUCCUGCUUUACUGGCCUCAGGAUACAGGGUCCCGUGUUCUUCCUGGAGGACGGCAAGUCGUCCAUUUCGCUCAACGAUGCAUUGAUGUGGGCCAAGGUGAAUCCGUUCUCUCCACUGGGGACGGGGAUACGCCUCAAUCCCUUCUAAACACACACUCACACACACUCACACACACACACAGUCUCACAGUGUCUCAUUAUCAUCAUACACGUGUAGAGACAGUAUUACAGUCCAGUCGAGGACAAAGACGCAAAGGCCACAAUCUUGUGAAUCGGACAUGAAACCAGGCUCGACUCCAUGCUUAUGUUUUGUGUUCGGCAGCAUGACAACACAUUUAUCAGUAUUUUAACAUCUCCAUCACGUCAGAUGGAAUCAGGAACACAGCUGAAGGACAUCAAUUUGUAGUUUUUUUUAGAUUGGAUUUUGAUUGUAUUAAUUCCAGACCAUUUUCUGGAAUCAGCUCGUAUCCUUGGAGGAGGUGAUGAUCUUCAUAAGUACUUUUAUAUUUUUUACUUCUACUUUAUAAUUUUCUUGCUUAUGUGCUAAUCUAUUUUGGCUACGUUUUGUGUUACUACAUGGUUACGUUCCAAAAGCUUUUCCUUUCUUUUUUUUAUUUAUUUUAGAUGCAUUUACUAUGUACUGUAGAAACUGCAUCAGUCAUGAAUCAGGAAUGAACCAUCUUGACAUUAGACUACAGUACUGGCUACGGUGUAAGAGUAAAUCAGCUAAUUAGCCAUUAGCAUAGCAGCACAAGUAGCUACAGUAUAACCUGACACGUAUCUCCCUAGCUAAAUUUUGCGAGUAGCAUUGUUAAUUUUGCAAUUUUGUCUUACACGGUCAUUGAAACGGUACAAAUCUGUUUGUUGCUGUAAUCCGUGCUCAACUGAAAGCAACAUCUAACCAGAUGUUUAUUAGCACAUAGCAAUAUAACACACAAUGUAUAAUUAUUAGCAUUCAGGACACCAGUUUAACUCAUUAGAUAUUGAAAAAAAAAAAAGCUUUAAGAUGUUGCUCGCUAUUCAGGGAUCUUGGUUUUAGAGGGGUUUUAUUUAUUUAUUUAUUUAUUCAUUUAUUUAUUUAUUUUUAUUAAGCUCAAGCUGUUUUUCAUAUGUGCCCCGUGUCUGUUUACUCCUAUUAAGUGUCCAAGCGCUUAUUGAGUUUGUAUUGAGAGCCUGAAAUGAAACACGUGUUGGAAAUUAGAUGAGUUCAUCCACAAGAUCUUGAAACGUGUUUUUUUUCUAUUCGUUUGUUGUUGUUUUUUUAAACAUUUUUAAACGUAAUUUUUUUAAGAGCUGGUUUAAGAACUCAAGCAGAACUCAAGCAAUGGAUUGACCGAAUUCGAACCAGGGUGGAUUUGAUUAGAAUUUUGGUUUGAAUCUUUAUUAAAAUGGGGGGGAAAAAAACAUUAAAGAUGUGAAAAAUAACUAAUGCUAAUUGGAUAUAAUUAAACAUUUCGACAAGCCCGAUCAACUUAAAAAAAUAAAUAGAAAUAGAUGAAAACUAGUGUAGUUAGCUAGUGAACUUCAUUUAAAAUCCACAUGCUAAGUCGCUGUUUAAGCUAAAGCUAAGCUAAGUUUUUACAAGCAUUACAAGAUUGUGAUAUAUUUUCUCCCCAGCAAAUUUAAACCUUCCUCAUAAUUCAGUUUUAAUCUGUAGAAAUCAGUACAUUCUCUCACACAAAAUACACACAAGGCGGUGCUUGGACCCCGCUGAUCGCUGCUUGCUGUUUUAUUAGCUAUUAUUUGAUGGAACAAGAACCGUUUCACACAGGAUAUGAGAUCAUGGGAAAGAAAAGAAAAGAAUCUGCUGUACGCGAGAGAUUUUUGGCUGAUAGUCGAGUGUCUAGAGUGUGUGCCUUAAAUUAGCAAACAACGCUAACAUCUGUAUUAGCAUGGUGUGCUACCUUAGACUACAAGAUUAUCAAACAUCUACGUUAUACGUUAAAGGUGUAUCGUACUGUUUAGCUUGUAAAAAAAAAUCGUAUUGGUUUCGUCCUGCGAGCGUGUGAAGAU